AUGGACGUUUACCGGCCGCGCUAUUACACCCCGAAGGAGGUGGAGGUGCACAACCGGCCCUGGGACCUCUGGGUCUCCUACAUGGGGCGGGUCUAUGACCUCAGCCCCCUGGCCGAGGCCUACAAGGGUAACGCAGGCAGCCUCUGGCACUUCCCUAUGGCGGCCCCAGGGCAGCCGGCAGAUUUCCCCACUCAAGAAAGUGGUGUUGGGGGAUGAGUGUUCAGACCCCUGGGCUCUCACUUGUGGGGUGCCUCAGGGUCCCGUCCUCUCCCCCAUGCUUUUUAAUAUCUAUAUGAAGCCGCUGGGAGAGAUCAUCAGGUUUGGGCUGGGUGUUCAUCAGUAUGCGGAUGAUGCCCAACUCUAGGUAAAGGUAAAGGGACCCCUGACCAUUAGGUCCAGUCGUGGCCGACUCUGGGGUUGCGGCGCUCAUCUCGCUUUACUGGCCGAGGGAGCCGGCGUUCAGCUUCCGGGUCAUGUGGCCAGCAGGACUAAGCCGCUUCUGGCGAACCAGAGCAGCGCACGGAAACGCCGUUUACCUUCCCGCCGGAGUGGUACCUAUUUAUCUACUUGCACUUUGACGUGCUUUCAAACUGCUAGGUUGGCAGGAGCUAGGACCGAGCAACGGGAGCUCACCCCGUCACGGGGAUUUGAACCGCCGAAGGUCGGCAAGUCCUAGGCUCUGUGGUUUAACCCACAGUGCCACCUGCGUCCCGACACCCAGCUCUACCUCUCUUUUAAAUCAGAGGCAGUGAAGGUCCUGUGUGAGUGUCUGGAGGCGGUUGGAGGAUGGAUGGUGGCUAACGGAUUGAGGUUGAAUCCUGACAAGGCAGGAGUACUGUUCUUGGGGGACAGGGGGCGGGCUGGUGUGGAGGACUCCCUGGUCCUGAACGGGGCAACUGUGCCCCUGAAGGACCAGGUGCGCAGCCUAGGAGUUAUUUUGGACUCACAGCUGUCCAUGGAGGCGCAGGUUAAUUCUGUGUCCAGGGCAGCUGUCUACCAGCUCCAUCUGGUAUGCAGGAUGAGACCCUCCCUGCCUGCAAAUUGUCUUGCCAGAGUGGUGCAUGCUCUAGUCAUCUCCCGCUUGGACUACUGCCAUGCGCUCUACGUGGGGCUACCUUUGAAGGUGACCCGGAAACUGCAAUUAAUCCAGAAUGCGGCAGCUAGACUGGGGACUGGGAGCGGCUGCCUGGACCACAUAACACCGGUCCUAAGAGAUCUGCAUUGGCUCCCAGUACGUUUCCGAGCACAAUUCAAAGUGUUGGUGCUGACCUUUAAAGCCCUAAACGGCCUCGGUCCUGUAUACCUGAAGGAGCAUCUCCACCCCCAUCGUUCAGCCCGGACACUGAGAUCCAGCACCAAGGGCCUUCUGGCGGUUCCCUCAUUGCGAGAAGUGAGGUUACAGGGAGCCUUCUCAGUAGUGGCGCCCGCCCUGUGGAACGCCCUCCCUUCAGAUGUGAAGGAAAUAAGCAGCUAUCUUCUCUUUAAAAGACAUCUGAAGGCAGCCCUGUUUAGGGAAGUUUUUAAUAUUUAAUGCUGUAUUGUUCUUAACACUUGAUUGGAAGCCGCCCAGAGUGGCUGGGGAAACUCAGCCAGAUGGGCGGGGUAUAAAUAAUAAAUUAUUAUUAUUAUUAUUAUUGGGGGGGCGGGUGGGUCUGAGGGAAUGCUGAAUGCACAACAGAAGGCGUCCCUCGGGGGUGGCAAAUCCAGGGUCUGCCGGCCACCAGGGCUAAAGGGGAGCCUCCAUGUUCAGUGGCAGUCUACCUUCUCCAUGCAAACCUCACAAGGGAAGUGGGGCCACUGCCUUUUCCAGGAGGGCGCCUCAUUUGGGCCACUGCUGGGAAAGAGGGUGCUUGGCUAGGGGGCCUGAUCCAGCAAGAGGCCUCUUCUCUCACGUUUAUGGUGCGAGUUGUUUUUCCACUGCAUUGCAUUCGCAGGCCUUGUGUCCUGCUUUUCCUCCCUCCCUCCUGUGUCAAGAUCCCAAAUGUGUCCCUUUUUGUUUUUCCCUAAUUUGGAAAAUAGCACGUUCUUUACAAGGUUCUCUCCAGCUUUUUUUGUUUUUGUUUAAAGCACUGGUGGGUGACCUGAGGCCUUGGGAGGCAAAUGUGGCCCUCAAGGCCUCUAUAUUUGGCCCUUGGAAUUCUCCCCAGGCCACGCCCCUCCCUGGCCUUUCUUCGCAACCUCCUUGAGCGCUUUUGCCUGGCUGGAACGUGUCCUUGAACUCCAACAAAGCCUCUUCCCAGGGGCAAAACUAGGCUUUAUUUCACCCAGGUCAAAAACCCAGUUUGGCAUCUCCCCCCCCCCAUUUGUGUACGCACACAUACAGGCUGCGAGCCUCAUUGGCGCCCCUCUGGAGGAUUCACCCAGGGCAAAAAAACUGCGCUAGCGCCCCACCCCUCCCCGUAGCUAUGGCUGUGCCUCUUCCUUCCCUGGAUAGAGGGGUGUGGGUGGGUGGAUGUGUACACAUGCAUUAUGCCACUCACUUUUGCCUCUAGCCCCAUUCAUCACUGACCUAUGACACUCUUGAGGUUUCCCACAAGGGAGCGUGCUCCUUUGGCUAAAAAAAAUGGUUCCUUGCUUCUGAUGGGAAAUAAUAAUAAUAAUAAUAAUAAUAAUAAUAAUAAUAAUAAUUUAUACCCCACCUAUCUGGCUGGGCUUCCCCAGCCACUCUGGGUGGCUUCCCAAAAAAUAUUAAAAUACUGUAAUACAUCAAACAUUAAAAGCUUCCCUAAACAGGGCUGCCUUCAGAUGUCUUCUAAAAGUCUGGUAGUUGUUGUUCUCUUUGACGUCUGGUGGGAGGGCGUUCCACAGGGAGGACGCCAUCACCGAGAAGGCCCUCUGCCUGGUUCCCUGUAACUGGGCUUCUUGCAGUGAGGGAACCGCCAGAAGGCCCUCGGCGCUGGACCUCAGUGUCCAGGUAGAACGAUGGAGGUGGAGACGCUCCUUCAGAUAUAGACUCCUCUCUAUUGGAGACUGUGAAGAAAGACUACCAGUCAAACAAGAUAAUAUGGGGCUAGCUAGAGCACUGGUGUGACUCAAGGAUGGGCAAGUUUCACAUGUACCUUAUCUAUAUUCUCUGCCUGUCCAGGUGAUCUCUUAUUGAAGCCUAUUCUAGAAGCAGCGGGGAAAGACAUUACCCACUGGUUCAACCCCAAAACCAAAGACGUGAGUACCUGCAGCUCUUGGCACUCCGGGCAACUUAGGGCAGAGAUCUUGUCGGAGUGGAAAACUCUUGGAAAAUCAGAGUUUUGUUUUUGUUUGUUUGAUUCUUUCUUCCAUAAGAGUGUUGCUGGUAAUUUGUUGUUGUUGUUGUUAAAAAUUGGUAUACUGCCCUUCAUCCUCAGAUCUCAGGGCAGUUCACAACUUAAAAAUGUAAUAUAAAAAUAUGUGAUAAAACAUUACAAUAUAAUGCAAUACAAUAUAAUUAUAGAAUACAAUACAUGAUAAAUUCCAUGAUAAAAGCAAGAACAAACCAAUACCCUCUUCCCUUCCCACAAACACAUUAAAAGGGGCAUAGGAUUUUAAUUCUCAACCCAGGCUUCCACAGCUGACUCCUUUGCCUCUGCCUACCCCAUUCUCUGGACUGCUCUUGCUCUUGCAGAUUUUUGUGCUGUUUGCAAAGCUUGCGCAAUGUCCUGCUUCUGUUGGCCUAUGUGUACAGAUGUGCACUGCUGCACUAUGACAGUCUUUGCUAACCUGGUGCCUUACAUGUGCUUUGAUGGGGAGUUGUUGGCCAAAACUUAUCAUGGGCACCAUGUUGGCAAAGGCUGCAGCAUUAGAAGGAAAUGUUGCCAGGGACAAGAUGCUAAAACCGCAGUGAGGGAGAAACAUGUGCCCACUCCACAAUUUAACCAGUGUCCUACAUACAUAUUUCUCAGUUCUUUGUAAGUUUAUUCCCAUCUUCACAGUCACAGAUGUGAUUUGUUACAUCUUUUAUUAUUUCCCCUGCAUAAUGUCCCGCCAUCCUUGCUCAGAAAAUUGAUUUCGCUGCUUUCAGACUUUUCUCUUAAGGACUCAUUUGUAUCAUUACUAGUUUGUUAACAAUUUCCUUGACUUGCUGUCCCAAACAGAAUACAUUUGAAAGACUCUGUGUUAGGUCCUGAAGGGCAGAGUAAAAAGGAGCAAACAUUUCCAUCACUGCAAAUGCCAAAAUAAUUGUUUCUGGAAUCCCAUUUUGGGGCAUAUUCUGUUUGUCGUGCAUGUUGAAUCCUCUUAUCUCCAUGUAUCAACCUGUCCCAUUUGUAAUGAUCCUUCGGAGAGGUGCCUCUUGGGGUUCCGCAGCCAGGAAUGGCACAUUAUGUAGUAACAUACUGUACUUUCCUUUUGGUGCAAACUUAAAAUGUUUCUGUUUUCCCUGGCGUUUACAUGAUGUAAAUUCUGGAACUGCCCACAUUUUAAAAAGGUUUCUCAGUAUGAAAUUUAUACUGGUUGCUUUAAGUGAUCUUUUUGCCUGCUCCUGAGUUUAUGGUGUAUAUGGGAUGGCUGCAACUUGCUGUCCCAGGGUUUGGCAACAAUGGUGGGAUAGAAAUUUACCAAAGAAAGAAAGACUUAUUUGAAGCCACUCCCCUCUUAACUGAGAAAGGCCCUGAUUUCCCUCCUUCCAGAUACAGACACACAUUAACCCUCUAACAGGAUGCCUUAAGUACUACACCCCACAAGGUCGCUUUGUGCACAUCCCACCUCCUCUGCCUCGUACAGACUGGGCCAAUGACUUUGGCUUGCCCUGGUGGAGAGAUGGCAGCUACGAGGUGGGCAUCUUGUCUGCCAAAACCAGACGCAUACGGAUCAUCAACACUCUGACCUCUCAGGAACAUACCCUUGAGGUGAGUCCUGUCCCACCUUUGCAAAGGUAGGAUUUAAGAAAGAAAAAACACCCAAGAUAUUAUUGGCAAUUGUCCCUCUUCCUUUGCUAAUGUUCCUCUGAUGGGACAGUGUUGUGGACCUCGGUUCUGCCCGGCUUGUCUGUGCCUCCCCAGGAUGUGGAGGCUGAAGGGAACCACUUGGUUUUCAGGUGUAUUUGGACCUCCUGUGAUUCCACCCAUGGAUGUAACAUGGUGCUUUCCGCAGGUCUGUGCAGAGGAAUCCAUGUGGGAGAUCCUUCGGCGGUACUUGCCCUACAACGCCCAUGCGGCCAGCUAUACGUGGAAAUAUGAACGCGUCAACCUAGACAUGGAUAAGAACCUGCAGCAGAACAACAUUCCGGAUGAGGACGAGGAAUUCUACAAUCUCUACAUGGACGCUGAUGCCUUCACCCCAGCCAUCCUGCUCUACUUCAACGAUGACCUCACUGAGCUCUAG